AUGACGCUCGACUUCUUCGCGUCGUCAAAUAUCGAGUCUCGCUGUUGCGCUGCCACCUUUACUGACAUUUUCACUGCAGCGACUUUCACACACCUCGCCAACAUGCCUCGUCGCCAUUCGUUGUCCUCGUUCACCAUGACGACCCACACACACAAGCACAUUCCCACAUCGGCCACAUCACAUCCUGACAACCCGAUACCCAUAGAGCCCAUCUCAAUCCCGCAAGGUAGCAUGUCACCCUCCAAACGAUCCGUCCACUCACAAUCACAAUCGCCACGCUCAUCGGGCGACUCGUUGGGUGAGUCAAUGGCCUGGUCUGAGGGAACUCUCGAAUCCGGAAUCUCGACACCCUCGACCGAGUUGUAUGACCAGUUCGAUGAGAUGACGCCCAGGGACAAGAAGAGCUCGACUGAAACAGAGGUCCCCAAGCGUCGCGCCUCGACCCACCUGAUCACAUCGUCAGCCGACGACAUUCGCAAGCUGCUCGGCACUGGCGAGACUGGUACCAAGUUCCUAGAAAACUACUGCUGUGGAGCAGCCGCAAAUUGCUGUAAAAUCAAGACCUUGCCUCCAGACACAACUCAGCCCGGUUUCAUACCCGUCGUGCUGCCCGACAACGACGCUUACCGAGCCUUGAACCUCAAAAUCAACGCCUUGACCCUCGACACUGGUCUGAGCGAUCUCGUAGAUCUACCCAAGCCCAAGUACUCGCUCGAAUCUGUUUCAAAAGACGAGGCCAGCAGCCACCACAGCACUGUCGACGUUCACCCACCUACCUUCGUUCAGCCUCACCCUCCUUACGAUGUCUACUCUGCACCUGUAUUCCACGCUCGCCAGCUCACUAACGAGGGUGCCGAGAAGCGUACUGUCCACUUCGAUAUCGAUAUCACUGAUUAUCCCAGAGAAGGUGAUAUCGACUUCAAAGUUGGUGGCGCUGUUGGUAUUUGCCCUCCCAACGAUGCAGCUGUUGUCGACACUAUUUUCAACAGGAUUGGUACGCCUAAGUUCGUGCGCGACAAGCCUGUCAUGCUCAAGACCGAGGGAGGCCGUUGGCCUACAAUCUGGGGAGACGAGAAGCCCCGUGAACUCCUCACCACACGUAGAGAGCUUUUGACGUGGUGUGUCGACAUUGCGUCUUCCGCACCAACUAAGCAACUUUUCCGCGUUAUGGCCGAACAUGCAGAUGCGAAGAACGAGCGCAAGAUCCUUGAAUACAUGGCUAGUGCUCAAGGACAAGGCGCCUUCUGUGAUCUCCGUGUCGGACCUAACAUUACCUUGCUCCAGCUUCUGGAGGCAUUCCCCUCGUCCAGACCUCCGUUCGAGAUGCUAUUGAGCUGUCUGAACCAGCUUAUGCCUCGGUUCUAUUCUCUUUCCAACGACCCACACGUGUCUUCAGACAGAGAAGGACUCGCAGGAAGACGUCUCAUCGAGUUCGCGGUUACAGUCCAUGAGAACCCCAACUGGGAUGGAAAGAUGCGUACUGGAGUUGGUUCUGGCUACCUCGAGCGUGUUGCCCGCAACUUCAUCGAUGCUGAGAAAAAGGCAAAGCAGUCUGGCGGCGAAGUAGAGAUGCCAAGCAUGCGCAUUCCCAUGUUCCGCGGAUUGAUGGCCAACCCGCUCUCCAAGAAGUUCGAUUCGGACGGCCCAAUGAUCAUGAUCGGUGCUGGUGUGGGUAUGGCCCCGUUCCGUGGUUUCAUCCUCAACCGUCUUCGCAACUCAAAGUGUGCCAACAAGAUCUGGCUCAUCCAAGGUGUGCGAGAUUCAACUCUGGAUGAGAUCUACUCUGGAGAGUUGGGCGACCACGAGAAGGAAAUCAAGAAGGUUGUUCAGUCUCGCGCUAAGCCUCCUCCAGUGAGUCAGUCAGAUGCUGGAGUCGUUGAUAUUCAACCCAAGAAAGGUGGUGAGGUGACCGGCAAGGUUGUUUCAGAAGACCAAGCAAACAAGGCAGCCAAGUACGUUCAGGACGAGGUCCGUCUACAGGCAGAUAUUGUCUGGUUUGUCAUCAAUGCUCUCGAUGGUCGCAUCUUUGUAUGUGGAAGCUCGAGAGGCAUGGGUGAAGGUGUAGAGGAGGCUCUCAUCGACGUGGCCAUGGACAAGGGCAACCUCAACUUCGAGGAGGCCAAAGAUUUCUGGGCUCAGAAGAGAGAUGACGGCCAAUACGUUGCAAUCUUCUAA